AUGUGCAACGGCGUCUACUCAUCGCUCGUCAUAUUCUUCCUCAACAUAGGAAUCAUCUACUCCCAAGCCUUCAGAGAAGGUGGCCAAACAGCUGACAUGGACGCUGUCGGCACAACCAUGUUCACUUGCAUAAUCUGGGCAGUCAAUGUUCAAAUCGCAUUAACCAUGUCCCAUUUCACUUGGAUCCAACACGUUUUGAUAUGGGGAAGCAUUGGUUUGUGGUAUCUCUUUGUAGCACUCUACGGGAUGACCUCUCCUAGCCUCUCUGGAAACGUUUACAGGAUUCUUGAUGAGGUUCUUGCUCCUGCACCUAUCUACUGGAUGGCUACAUUGUUGGUCACGGUAGCUACAGUUCUUCCUUACGUUACUCACAUAGCUUACCAGAGAUUCUUGCAUCCGAUGGAUCAUCAUAUCAUACAAGAGAUCAAGUACUACAAAAGAGAUGUGGAGGACGCGAGGUUGUGGACGAGAGAGGGUACAAAAGCGAGAGAGAAGACUAAGAUUGGGUUCACAGCUAGAGUGGACGCAAAGAUCAGGCAUCUAAGGUCGAAACUGAAUAAGAAACAGUCGAAUAUGUCGCAUUUUUCAGCUCAAGAUGCAGUGUCACCUAGAUCAUUGUAG